GACAGACCGAACAUAUAAGAAGGAAACCAGAGAUCUGGUGCUAUUACGUCCCAGAGUCUAAGGGAACAAAUAAGCACAGAAGUAAAACAUUCUUCAGCCUGAAUUCUUAUGGGGUGCGUGUAAGAACUAGUCAAGCUGAUUUAUAACUAAGUUUUAAACUUCAACAACCAAAGUUGUGAGGAUCGGGGCUGCUGACACUUCAGUAUGAAGGGCAACCACACUCUCACCACUAUCUAUGAAAACAUGACCAGCGGUCUUGACUUCGAACCCCUGAACAACUCUGGAGCCAAUGCAUCUACCUUUACCUGCGCACACAAACCGUCAGAUAAACAUUUAUAUGCAAUUCAUUUUCUCUACUACAUUAUCUUUGUGAUUGGAUUUCUUGUCAAUAUUGUUGUGGUUACACUGUUUUGUUGUCAGAAGGGCCCUAAAAAGGUUUCCAGCAUUUACAUCUUCAACCUGGCCAUGGCUGACCUGCUCCUUUUGGGUACCCUUCCUCUCUGGGCAAGCUAUUAUUCCUAUCGAUAUGACUGGCUCUUUGGACCUGUGAUGUGCAAGGUUUCCAGUUCUUUCCUCACCUUGAACAUGUUUGCGAGCAUUUUUUUUAUCACCUGCAUGAGUGUUGAUAGGUACCAAUCGGUUAUCUACCCCUUUCUGUCUCAAAGAAGAAAUCCCUGGCAAACAUCUUAUAUUGUCCCCCUUGUCUGGUGCAUGGCUUGUCUGGCCUCGCUGCCAACAUUUUAUUUUCGGGAUGUCAGAACCAUUGAAUACUUAGGAGUGAAUGCUUGCAUCAUGGCUUUCCCACCUGAGAAAUAUGCUCAGUGGUCAGCCGGGAUUGCGUUAAUGAAAAAUAUCCUUGGUUUUAUUAUCCCUUUAAUAUUCAUAGCCACAUGCUACUUUGGAAUCAGAAAGCACUUACUGAAGGCCAAUAGUUAUGGGAAGAACAGAAUAACCCGUGACCAAGUCCUUAAGAUGGCAGCUGCUGUUGUUCUGGCGUUCAUCAUUUGUUGGCUUCCUUUCCAUGCUCUGACCUUCCUGGAUGCUCUGGCCUGGAUGGGUGUCAUUAAUAGCUGUAAAAUUAUAGCAGUCAUUGACCUGACACUUCCUUUUACCAUCCUCUUGGGAUUCACCAACAGCUGCAUUAAUCCCUUCCUGUAUUGUUUUGUUGGAAAAAGAUUCCAGCAGAAGCUCCGUCGUGUGUUCAGAGUUCCAAUUACUUGGCUCCAAGGCGAGAGAGAGAAUGUGUCUUACCGAAAGGGCAGUUCCUUUAGAGAAAUGGAGACCUUUGUAUCUUAA